AUGGCCUUGGCUCCGUUGGACUUGAUCCUGGCUUUGGCCUUGGUACCAUCUAAUACUCCCACACAAUCCUUAAAUCUCUACCAUGAUCGAGUUAGGAAGUUAGCUGAUAACUGCACUGGUUGGCAAGGCUUUUUGGUGUUUAGUGUUGUUAGCGGUGGAACUGGCUUUAGUUUGGACUCUUUGUUGUUAGAGCGCUUGACAGUAGAUCAUGGAAAGAAGUCAAAGCUUGGGUUCACCAUCUAUCCUUCACCUCAGGUCUCUACUGCUGUUAUGGAACCUCACAAUAGCGUUUUGUCCACUCAUUCCCUUCUUGAGCACACAGAUGUGGCUGUGCUAUUGGACAGUGAACCAAUUUAUGACAUUUACUGGAGAUCUCUCGAUAUCGAGAGGCCAACUUACACCAAUUUGAACCGACUGAUAUCUCAAAUCAUAUUAUCCUUGACAAGUUCUUUAAGAUUUGAUGGAGCCAUUAAUGUGGAAAUUACAGAGUUCCAAACCAAUCUUGUUCCAUAUCCCCGUAUCCAUUUCAUGCUCUCUUCAUGUGCACCUGUCAUCUCAGCUGAGAAAGCCUACCAUGAACAAUUAUCAACUCCUGAGAUCACAAAUGCUGUGUUUGAGCCCGCAAGCAUGAUGGCAAACUGUGAUCCUAGGCAUGGGAAGUACAUGGCAUGCUGCCUGAUGUAUCGAGGAGAUGUUGUCCCCAACGAUGUUAAUGCUGCUGUCGCUACUAUCAAAACCAAGAGAACUGUGCAGUUUGUUGACUGGUGCCCGACUGGCUUUAAAUGCGGUAUUAACUAUCAGGCCCCAACUGUUGUACCUGGGGGAGAUCUUGCUAAGGUGCAGCGAGCUGUUUGCAUGAUCAGCAACAAUACAGCAGUGGCUGAAGUGUUCUCACGCAUUGACCACAAGUUUGAUCUCAUGUAUGCGAUUAGAGCUUUUGUGCAUUGGUAUGUUGGUGAGGGCAUGGAAGAAGGUGAAUUCUCAGAAGCCCGCGAGGAUCUGGCUGCUCUUGAGAAAGAUUAUGAAGAAGUUGGUGCUGAAGGUGUAGAAGACGAUGAGGAAGGUGAAGACUAUUGAUGUACGUAUGCAAAA